AUGGUGGCAUCCCACUGUCACAAGGUGCUUUUGAAAGCGGUGCCGCUCACUCUUCACGGGCCCAACGGAAGUUUGCAUACGCAUGCCAUACUGGACGAUGGAGCGACCGUGACCUUGAUAUCAGCUGACAUCGCAGACGAGCUAGGAUUGCAGGGCGAGAACGUUAUUAUGCGCGCUCGCAGUGCAUGGGACUCAGGCGAGCUAGUGUGUAUUGUUGAAAGGGUUUACCCAGGCUCGGACGGCAGGGUUAGAGUAGUAGAUGUUAGAACUAGGUCAGGAGUGAUAAAGCGAUCAGCUGCACACGUGGCCUUACUCCGCGUUAUUGAUUCGUGUCAACAAACCGACACUGGGGGGGAGGAUGUUGAUGACGGCCACGCUGCUUCACCUGGAAUA